UACACUGGACUGACUCCAUACACACAAUACUACAUCCACGUGAUGGCCAAAUCAGCAGGGGCCACAGGACCGGCAGCAGUGAUCAACAUUACAACACUAGCAGAAGCCCCAAGUGCUGUGUCUCAUCUGACAGCAGAGGCUGUGGAUUCCACGUCUGUCCGUCUGUCCUGGAGACCCCCGAGCCGACCGAACGGACUAAUCACACACUAUCGGAUACUAGUGUUAUACCGCAGUACUCUUGUACAGGACAUCACCCUGCGAGGACAGAAUGCUCCACUUCGUCGUAAUGCGAGGUCACUUGACAUCACUACGUCAUCUGCAUUCAUUCUCACCUCACACGGAGCGUUUCCCGCUUUGGGUCGUGAUUUUACCAGCACUGAUACGGAACUGACCUCUGACCUUCCUCUGACCCCGAGCACCCCCCACACACCUCCACCCUGGCUCACAGUGACCCACGACAGAACUGAUGUAUCUGUUGAAGCUGAGACUGAGGCUGUGACUGAGGAACCUUUGACUGAACUUUCAGCUGUCACUCAAGGAACUGACCAACCACCAUUGGUUAACUUAAGCCCCUCCCAGCCCCGUCGCUCCACUAGGGCGGUGGCCACAGACUCCACCCAGCAGCAGACGAACCCCUCAACAAGAGCUGCCACCACUAUUGGAAUAGAGGUCCUACCUGCCACUGAGGAGACAGCAGACCUGUUGUCUGAUCACAUCAUGUAUGUGGUUAGAAGACUGAGUCCUUUCACCGAGUAUACAUUUAGCGUGACGGCAAAAAACAUCAUUGGAGAAGGGCCUUCCACAGAAGUUACAGUGAAAACAACUGAACAAGUGCCCAGCUCUGUUCAGAAUGUGUCCUAUCAGAACCUGACCUCCACCUCCAUCCGUGUUACUUGGGAGCCACCACUGAACCCUAACGGCAAGAUAACUCACUACACUGUAUAUGCACAAAAUCUCCUUACAAACCAGCAAUUACGACAGAUGGCGGACACCACCACUGAAGUGCUCACAGGUCUGGACAAGUACAGCAGUUAUAAGGUACGUGUGGCCGCUUCCACCGCCGUGGGGGAAAGUCCACUGACCGAUGAAGACUACAUCUUCGUUAUGACACUAGAGGAUGAGCCGGAUUCACCCCCACGGGAUCUGGCCGUAGUGAAAACCACCUCCUCCACCGCUGCUCUCACCUGGUCUCCGCCAGAGAAACCCAACGGCAUCAUCCGCCUGUACGAGGUCUCCUACACCAACGGCACAUACAGCAACACAGUCAACAGCACAUCGCCCAGUGCCACACUGCGCUACCUGAAGCCAUACACACACUACAAUGUGACUGUCCAUGCGUUUACGCUACACGGACAUGGGAACCAGAUUUCUGAUACUCUACAGAUGCUGUCGGGGGAGGAUGUGCCUGGCAGCCCACCUUACGAUUUGACCUAUGAGAACAUCGGAUCCAGUGAGGUGAAUGUGUCAUGGUCACCCCCGAUUCUCGCAAAUGGCAUCAUCUUGUUCUACAAUGUAGAAUACUGGAAUGCCACACACAGUCUGAACCAAACCACACACGUGCCUUAUAUCACCCUGUCCAACCUGCGAAAGUAUGCGCGCUACCGUAUCAGCGUACAGGCCGCCACACUGGUCGGCUUGGGAAACCACACGAGUGAGAUCCUGAACAUCACCACACUGGAGGACGUGCCGAGUGGUCCCGUCCACAACCUCACUGCUACGAUCUAUAGCUCUACGGCUGUAGUGAUCAGCUGGGACCCUCCUCUGGAGCCCAACGGCAGAGUCUUCUAUCAGCUGAGCCUCCAAGAGGUGGGUAUGACCCACGCGUCCAUCAACCGCACGGUCAACAUCACCAUCACCAAAACUACCACAGACAACAUCUACCUCUUCACCAAGCUCAGGAAGUAUUUUCCCUACAUCAUAAAAGUCACCCCGGCAACCAGUGCUGGAUCGGCUUUAAACCACACUGCAAUGCUACACCUGCGAACAGAUGAAGAUGUCCCAAGUUCUCCUCCAUUGCCUGGAGCUAGUAGGAAUCUCUCCAGCACCUCCAUCCAUGUGUCAUGGUUCCCCGCAGUGGAGGCCAAUGGCGAGAUCAUAGAUUAUGCUGUAGUUUUACAGGGUCCUGGGACCGUCAACAAAACCUACACCACUGAAACACACCUAAUGCUCUCGGAACUCAUUUCAUUUACACCUUACAAUCUCUCCAUCGCUGCGGUCACCCGCAUAGGUGUCGGUCCCUCCGUGAUUAUUCCACUGCAUACUGAUGAAGCAGUCCCAAUGUCUCCACCACACGAUCUGAUUAUUUUUAACCACACUGUGAAUUCAGUGUGGCUUCAGUGGGAACCAAGUCCAGAGCCAAAUGGAAUCGUCCAGCACUACGGAUUCCGAAUACUCGAACUAAACACAUACACUUUCAGAUAUCAGAACUCAUCAGAUGCAUCCACACAAGCAGAACUGAGUGGCUUUAGACCUCAUAAUUCAUAUGAAAUCAGCGUGUGCGCAUUCACUAGAGCAGGAAAUGGGGAUCAGUACAGCCUACCUGUCAUAUUCACCACCAAUGAAUCAGUUCCUGGUCCGCCCCAGUCACUGACCAUAAUGGAUGUUACCUCUGACAGUGUGUCUCUAAGAUGGCAGCAUCCCGUCCAUGUUCCUGGUCUGUUGCAGGGUUAUAAUGUAGAGAUUCAGCAAUUGGCAAGAAAUUGUGAGCCAGAGCAGCACAUGGAGUCCUGUGUGGAGAGUGAGCUUGUGGAGUGGGUUGAAGGAGAAACCAGUGGAGUCACACUUUCCCCUCUGCUGAAAUAUAGAGAGUACCGCAUCAGACUGGUGGCGUUCACCAGGGCUGGAGCCGGAGAACCCUCCGACUGGAUCCACACACAGACACUCACAGGAAACCCUGAUGCCCCCCCUGGUGCCAUAUCAGUGUUUCCUUCUCCCACUGGGUUAAAGAUUGUGUGGGACGAACCAUCGGUCAUCUCAGGGCCCACCUCAUACAUCAUUGACAUCGCUGCUUUGGAUGGUUUGGGAUAUAACAUAAGCCUAAUGCGGCAUUCAGAGGAGAUCAGGACGGUGGUUGUUGGGAACCUGACUGCAUUUACCCUGUACUCUAUUACCAUCACUGCCUUCACGGGGCAGCUUUCCAACGCUCGCACAGACGGCAAAGCAUCUGAACCCAUCCUCGUCAGAACCCUGGAGGACGAGCCCAAAGAUCCUCCCAAAAACGUGACAUUGACAGUGAUCCCAGAGGAAGUGACACGUGUUUAUGUAACGUUCUCUCCACCGGAUGAGCCGAACGGAAACAUCAGUGCCUACCACGUCGCCAUCUAUCGAAACGGACAACUGGAUUUCUACAUAAACAGCCUGCCUGUGAUCAGCAACCCUAAUAACACCAUGACGGCCAUUAUAGAUGGACUGAAGGGUGGAUUCAAUUACAGCAUAAGGAUUGCAGCUGUGAAUGGAGCAGGUUUAGGACCAAGUUCAGAGGUUCAGGUCACCACAGGUGUGAAAGCACCACCCAAACCGUCGAGGAGGCCGCGGGCUGCUCUGAACAACGCAGGUAUCAUCAUCUCUACCUCCAAGACCAUCACCAUUGAGAUGCCUGAAUGUUUCUUUACAGAUGACCAUGGACCAAUCCAAAAAGUCCAGGUCAUUGUUUCUGAACCAGCAGUGAUGGACUACGGAAAUCUGUCCAGCUGGAAGAGUGUUUUCCUCUACCCUACUGCACCAUACCUGACUGACGAGGGCUUCUUGAACCCAAAGUGCUCGGAGAAAGCAGAGCGCAUGAGCACAAACACUAACACAUACGUUAUAGGAGCAGAUGAGAGCUGCCUGUCUGAAGAUGCCAGGACACUUUGUAACGGACCCCUUAAACCCAAAACAUAUUAUGUGUUCAAAUUUCGGGCAACAAACAUCCGUGGGCAGUACACAGACUCUGAGUACUCAGAUAGGGUCAGAACCGCAGAUGACCGCCUGCUGACCAGAGACGAGCAGAUCAUUCUUGGGGUCCUGCUGUCAUUUUUCUUGGCAUUGUUUUUAAUUCUGAUUAUAUACGGAUCUGUGAGGAUCCACCGCAGGCAGAAGGAAGGCGGGACGUACUCUCCACGCGAGGCAGAGAUCAUCGAGACCAAGUUCAAGCUGGAUCAGCUCAUUGCAGUGGCCGACCUGGAGCUCAAAGAGGAGAAGAUUAACCGGCUGCUAAGUUACAGGAAAUCUCUCAAGCCAAUCAGUAAGAAAUCAUUUCUUCAGCAUGUGGAAGAUCUUUGUGCCAACGACAAUGCCAAGUUUCAGGAGGAGUUUGCUGAGCUACCGAAGCUGCUUCAGGAUCUGGCCACAUCAGACGCUGACCUGCCGUGGAAUCGCUCCAAAAAUCGCUUCACAAACAUUAAACCCUAUAACAAUAACCGAGUGAAGUUACUGUCUGAGCCAGGAAUGCCGGGGUCUGACUACAUCAAUGCCAGCUUCGUCUCCGGCUAUCUAUGUCCUAAUGAGUUUAUAGCCACUCAGGGUCCUCUGCCUAGUACCGUCGCAGACUUCUGGAGGAUGAUUUGGGAGACUGGGACCAAAACCAUUAUCAUGCUCACUCAGUGCUUUGAGAAGGGCCGGAUCCGCUGUCAUCAGUACUGGCCAGAGGACAAUAAACCCGUCACUGUUUUUGCUGACAUCAUAAUCACUAAACUCACAGAGGAUGUGCAUCCUGAUUGGACGGUCCGGGCACUAAGAGUGGAGAGGCACGGAAGCUACAUGAUUGUUCAUCAUUUUAACUACACCUCAUGGCCAGAACACGGCGUUCCAGAGUCCAGCUCCACACUCAUCCAGUUUGUCAAAGCGGUUCGCUCACAUAGAGGCCAUGACAACACAACCAUCGUGGUCCACUGCAGUGCUGGUGUGGGCAGGACUGGAGUGUUUAUAGCCCUGGAUCAUCUCAUUCAGCAUGUGAGGGAUCAUGAUUUUGUGGAUAUAUAUGGCCUGGUCGCAGAGCUGCGCAGUGAGAGGAUGUGCAUGGUGCAAAACCUGGCUCAGUACAUGUUUCUGCAUCAAAGCACUCUGGAUCUGCUGUCUGCAAAAGGAAACAGUCAGUCCAUAUGGUUUGUAAAUUACUCCGCUCUGGAGAAGAUGGACUCGCUGGAUGCAAUGGAGGGUGAUGUAGAAUUGGAAUGGGAAGAGACUACUAUGUAACAGGAACACUGUUUCCUGUCAGUCUGAUGGUUGUGAGGAGACACUCAUUAAAAAUCCAGACUCUGGGACUGUGGAGCCUGGGGCCAAACACGCUAAGCAAAGGAUAAACGAGGAAUACAAGUACUUAGAAGCAAACUGGAAUAUUCUCGCCUAAAUGGAUUGUCUCUGUCUCUCAACCUCUCAUUUGCAUCCACCAGACAGCCUCAUCCAUCAACGUUUUUUUCUAAAGUUCUUGUCCAACUUCUGUAAUUAUUUUAUCUCUCCCUAGAAAGUGGUACACCACCUACUUAUGGACUCAGAAUGGAUCAGACUCUAAAAAUAUGUCUGUUUCUUAAGGAAGUAGGAAUAUUCAGCAGUCAGGAGUGAGAAACGACAGGGGUUUUAUGUCCUGUAGUCAAAUGUAUUAUUAAUGCAUUUAUUAGGGAUGAGAGUCAUAAGUAUUUUUUGCUAAAUGGUUCUCUUAAUGAUUCUUUUGGUCAUUUUUUAUUUUAUUUGGACAAAUUAUAAGAUUAUUUUAAACAGAACAGUAAUUUAUUUGCAUGCACAUAGAACAUAUCCUUACACUGAGAAUGAAAAUUAUAACUUUUCAUUAAAACUAUAACAAUACAUCUACAACUCCACAUCAACAAAGAAUGACGUUGUGCUUAUUCUAAGCACUGCAGUGAAGUUCUGUGAAAAAGUUGCAUUGAUUUGGCAUAUCUGUCAAUGUUUUUAUCGUUUAUCUGGAAAAAUCGCUCUGAAAUAGAUUCCAACGAUACUUAAGUCCAUGCUGUUAUCGUUAAAGUUAAGUGGACUCCGCUAUUCUUUUAAGACCCAUUCACACCAAGAACGAUAUGAACUAUAUUAGCGUCCACACCAACGAACAAUAACGUUCUGUUGUUAUAAGCACGCGCUGCAGUAAAUGUAGUCUAACGCUUUAAAUGCUCGAGCUCUGUAAAGUCGGAUGGAUUCUGAUGGGCCGUCAGUGUUUUAACGUUCAUCCGCUGGA